AUGCCCCGGAUUCCCACUUCAACCAUCAUAAAGGCAUACCGACAAAAUCGCCUUUUGCCAAUACUAUUGCAGGAAUGUCGUUCUCUCAGCUCAGCACAAAAUGAGUUGCGCUGGUUAUGGGAGCGAGCAAUAGAAAUCGGCAAUGCAAAUCACGCGCGGAACCAAUGUCCCAGGAAAUACCCAGCCCCAGGCUGGAAAAGGUUGUUAAACUUGAUGUGCAGAGCGCGUUCAAAGGGAAUGCCUCUUCAGUAUAUACUCGGUGAUCAACCUUUUGGACAUCUGGAAAUAUUAUGCCAAAAGGGCAUCCUGAUACCGAGACCAGAGACAGAAUCUUACACCAUACAUGCCGCCGAGUUAAUCUCGAGAUAUUUCCUAGCUACUGGCCAAAAUGGAAGUGUCAAUUCGUCGGGGUUGAUACGACCUGUGCGCAUUAUAGAUCUCUGCACUGCUAUUCAAUUGGCCACAAGGAACCUGAGUCACAACCUCCAGCUCGGCUUGCUUUCAGAUCGGUCCUGCACAGAAGUCCAUUUCCAUCAAGGCGAUGUACUUGGUCAUGAUAACGGACAUAUCCCACGGAUCGAGGAGAUCCUGGAAACACAUACACUUCAGUGUACAAAAGGCUCGGGAGCAAGAGAAAGUUUUGACUGGGAUGUCAUGAUCUCAAACCCACCAUAUAUAUCACCCAACUCCCUCCGCGAUGGCACAACUGCCCGCAGUGUUCGAUUGUUCGAACCUCAGCUUGCCCUGGUGCCUCCUGCCAACGUAAAUCAUCCUACAACGAUGGAUUACAGGCGGGAGGAUAUAUUUUAUCAUCAUCUCAUUGCAUUAUCAUUCAAGUUAUCCAUUAGACUCACUAUCCUUGAAUGUGGGAGUCAUCAACAAGGCAGUCGUGUUGCCGCUAUUUGCAAAGCCUUUUCUAAAAAAUUGCCUCGAGAUAAUGAGUGGACUGUUGAUAUUUGGUCUGAAGGACAAAUAGAUCACCGUGAUAACACAGAGGGACCUUGUAUUGUCAUCCUGCGGAAAUGA